AUGAACCUCGACAGUGUGUUUGGCGAGGAAAACCAAGAAAACAACACUGAUGAGCUGAUCAACCGGAUGUUUAACUCGGGUAAGUCAUUAGGAUUUUAUUUUAUUCAUUUUUGAAAGGUUUCUUGAAUUUUUUUGACCUGAUGUCUAGUGUAAUAUAAAUUGAUGUCUGGAAAUGUCAUUUUUUCCAUGAUGAUUGUUUGGAUAGGUAGAACAUGACCCGAAUGAGCUAUUUUUUAAUGUCUUAAAUUUUCAUAAGCAUUCAUUUUCGAUUUAUCGUCGAAUUUAUAUUAUUUAUGACCUAUUUUUGAUUUUGCAGCAAAUUUCCCCGCCGCCUUUGGGACGGUCUGGCCAGAGUCCCAGAAACGCAAAGCUGAUGUCCUCGACGUCUCAGAGUCGGCCGAAACCGCGACUUCCAGUGAUGCGCCGCCGGUAAAACGGCCAAGAAAGCCGAUCAAAGCGCCUCGCGAACAAUCGCACGAUCCCAGAGCCGCGGAAUUCAGUCACCCUGAGGAUGGGAUCUACAUGAAUGCCGAGUUCAAGACGUGGGACGCGUUCAACGAAAAAUUCCGGAACUGGAUGGCCAAACACAAUCAGCCCUUUCGAAUUUCGUCCAGCGACAAAUUCAGUAAUGGAGAUGGGUCUUGGAACGAGGAAAUCGGCUACCGAUCCAUUGUUUAUCACUGCCCAAGAUAUGGAGAGGUCAGAGUACGAGGUAAGCAAGAAUUUUUUGGUGGAUUACUGUAAUUUGGAAACAUUUUUUUGAUAAAAAAUUGGAGUUAAAAAUUUUAAAAUUUUUUGAAAAAAUGUCAUGGGUAAUAUUGAAAAAAUUGAAAUUUUUCGUAUCUUAGAAUCUGUAAAAUCCUUGAAAUUGACAUUUUUAGAUGUCCUAAGGAAGCUAGUUCAUUUUGGCAACCAAAAAAAUAUUUUUUUUAGCAUUAAUUUUCUUUUAUGAUCAAAAAAUCGCGAAAAAAUUGAGAGAUUCAAAAAAAAAUCAAAGUUUUCGUAUUUCAAAAAUCUCAAAUUUAAAGAACAUGGAAUUUCCGGGCGCUCUGAUGGCCCUAUUCUACUUUGAAAUCAAAAAUUUUGCCAUUUGCCAACUCCAAUAUUACAGGGUGGUUCAGCCAUAGGUUUCAUCCUUAUUUCAAGUAUUUCUUCGCUAAAAACCUCAAAUAUUACGGGCUUAAGUUCACGAAGGCCGCCGUACUGAUAAAAGUUUCAUUUACCCAAAGACUCGAACCUUGAAACUGUCAAACGUCAGUACGGGGGCCUUCUUGAACUUGGUCCGGUAAUAUUUGGUGGAGAAAAAGUGGGGUGUCUCAGCAUCAAUUUGAUAUAAAUUUUAUAGAAAUUGGUGCAUUAUUGGCGGAGAAAUACUUGAAAUAAGUUUGGAAGCUCCGGCUGAACCACCCUGAAAUAUUGGAGGUAGCAAAUGGUAAAAUUUUUGAUUUCAAAGUAGAAUAGGACCAUCAAAGCGCUUGGAAAUUCCAUGUUCUUUAAAUUUGAGAUUUUUGAAAUACGAAAACUUUGAUUUUUUUUGAAUUUCUCAAUUUUUUCGCGAUUUUUUGAUGAUAAAAGAAAAUUAGUGCUAAAAAAGUAUUUUUUUGGUUGUCAAAAUAAACUAGCUUCCUGAGGGGAUCUAAAAAUGUCAUUUUCAAGCAUUUUACAGAUUCUAAAAUACGAAAAAUUUCAAUUUUUUCAAAAUUACCCAUGACAUUUUUUUCAGGCGAAGGAAAACGCUCGAAACAACAAUAUCUCCCCUGCCACUGCACCGCAACUAUUCGUCUGAACUACCAUAGUGCCACACAAGUCCUCAGGAUCACGACGUUCCGCCCCCUGCACAACCAUGAGCUGAGUUAUGAAGAGUACACCAAGCUGACGAAUAAACGCAAGUCCACGGUUGGGCCCGCCUCUCCGUUGACGGUGCAGGCGAGUUCGGCGAGUACGAGCGGAGUCAGCUCGAAUGGGACGAGUCCGGCGGGGACGGUCAGCCCAAUUCAAGUUAGUCCGACGGAAAUUUCGAGUCCCAAAAGUGGCCUGGACAUUGGAUUGGCUGGAUUGCCAGGCUUGACUGCUCAAACUAAAGAAAUUUUGGCCAUGGCGAGCCAGCAGAAGGAAUUUUCGCCGGUUUCUGGCCAGAUUAAGGACACCGAUGGUCCAAAGAUUGCUACUCCGGCCAAAAAUUUGGCUCAAUCUGGCCAAAAAAUCAGCCCAAGCCCUUCCAAGCCAAGCCCAUCAAGUUUGUCGCCAGUCCAGGCUCCUCAACAGCUCCCGCCGCAAUUAUUGCCUGAGGGAAAAUUGGUCAAAAAAGAUGAGAACUCGAAUAUUUACACUCUUCAAGACCAGAAAAUCGCUGCUGAUGUUGCGAAUCAAUGGAUUCAAGCGGCUUUAGCCAUAAAAAUGGAGAAUAAACAGGUAAAUUAUAUUAUUUUAGGUGAUUUUAGGUAGAAAUUCUAGAAAUUUUAUAUUGAUUUAGAUAUAAUCUGAAAGACUGAUGUGUAGAGUAGCUAUAAAUUUUAUUUUCAGCCCGCUCCAGAGCCAGUCCAGCCAGCAGAGAGCCAAAAUUUCCAGUCAGCCCUUGUUCAAUUGCUCCUGAAUGAUCCAAAUCAGCUGAGACAGCUGCUAGAAGCCGAAAAUCAACGGCGCUUGGAGCAGAAACGACGAGAAGAAGAGCUGGCUAGACUGCGAACCCCAAAUCUAGCCAAUCUUCUUCAACUGGCCGGCUUUUUGAAGCAAAAUCCGCAAGGAAGUUCGAAUAUUCCAAGUCAAGAUGAAAUUUUGAGAAAAUUGAUGGAAAAUUGCGCUCAAAAUGGAAAUUUGGGAGUUUCGAGUGAAGAGGAAGAGAGUAGAAGCAAUGCGGAGUACGGGCUAUCCACCGGGCUGAGCCAAUCGACCGCUGGAAUCAACCUAAAAUCAGGUCAAAGUCAAGGCCAACAAACUGCUCCGGCUCGAAAUCAAAUCAUCCACCCAACUCAGAAUCAACCUCAAAUAGCGCAGUCAGCUUUCAAACAACUUUUGUCAGCUCAACAGCCCCCAGCAACAUCGAUUUCCGGCAUCUCCAGCCUAAAUCAGCCAAUUUACCCGUCAAAUUUUGGAUUUUCACCGCAAAUUCCGUUGAAUUCUCAAAAUUCAACCACGAACUCAACGCAAUCGGCCUCGGAACUGGCCUCAACGUGGAUGAAGAUGUAUUCUCAACAAAUUCAAAGUCAAACCAAUGGGAUUGGACAUCAGAAUUUGAAGACUAAUCAAGGAGAAGAUCAAGAAGGCGCCAGGCAAUUGUUGAAUUUAUUGCAGGCUCUACAGCCCCAGAAUGGAGUCAGCCAGUAG